AGCUUCGCGAGUGGGAGUACCAGGAGUCGGGCUCGGAGCGAGACGCCGCAGACCGUUUCAAGAAAAUGGCAGACAAACCAGACAUGGGGGAAAUUGCCAGCUUCGAUAAGGCCAAGCUGAAGAAGACGGAGGCGCAGGAGAAGAACACUCUGCCUACAAAAGAGACCAUUGAGCAGGAGAAGCGGAGUGAAAUUUCCUAAGCACCUGGAGGAUUCCCCGCCCUGUCAUCUUUGAACCCCCAGUGGUGACGUGGAGGAAGAGCCACCUGCAAGAUGGACA